GACCACAUUUGACCAAGUACAGCUCAAAAACAACUACUUAAACGUUUAAACAAUCUCGGGAGUCUCCUUGUUAAUCUAGUCAGGUUUUCACAAGUCUAAGUGUAGUGGAUUUUGAUCUGGACCUGAUCUGUUUCUCUUAACUUUCCCCUUAACCCCAAAUCGGAAGCAACGAAUCAGAAGCUAUGGAGUUUCUCCCUGUACUUGAGCCUCUAGAUAAACCCAAAAAAGGAAUAUGGUAUUCUUUGAUACCAAAAGGAAGUGCUCCAGGUGUCAGCGUUGGCCACACCUGCACCUUUAGUCCAUCUAGAGAUGGAGGGAAAGGAUUCAUCUUCAUUGUUGGAGGAGCCAAUCCCAGUGGAAGUUUCUCAGAGUCCCAUGUCAUAAAUCUGGAUAAGCAUGAGUGGGAUAUUCCAGAGUGGGAGGGUUUGGAGGCGCGGUAUGAGCACUGCAGUUUUGCUCCAUACAGCUGCCCACAUAGCUUGUGGGUGUUUGGGGGAGCACAGCAAACUGGCAAUCGCAAUUGUAUCCAGAAUAUACAGCUAACAGACAGUGGGUCCCACUGGAAGAAUGUACUGGUGAAUGGGGAACCCCCCAGUCCCAGGACAUAUCACACCAACUCAGCUUGUAUAGGGGAUAGACUUUAUGUCUAUUCUGGAGGGGAAGCAGGAGCUGCACCUGUCUCAGACCAAAAACUCCAUGUCUUUGACACAGUGUCCUCCACAUGGUUACAACCAGAAACACACGGCAGACACCCACCCGUCAGGCACGGCCAUAUUAUUGUAGCAGUGUGUUCAAGGAUCUACAUUCAUGGAGGCAUGACAGGAGACAAAUUCCACAAUGAUAUGUACUCCCUUGACACAAGGAGCAUGAAGUGGGAGAAAGUGCAAGCCAAAGGAGACAUCCCGCCAGGAGUUGCAGCCCACUCAGCUGUGGUGCUCGGCAAGAACAUUUACAUCUUUGGAGGGAUGACAGCAGAUGGAGCCAGCAACUUUAUGUACAGAUUCACCACUGACAAAAGUAGAUGGAUCCUAAUGAAGUUUGAAGGUGAUAUACCGCCCAACCGCCUAGACCACUCCAUGUGUUUAUUGCCAUGGAAAGUGGGCAGUGAGGGGAAUGAAGAUGAGGAGCAAAACAGCCCAGCAGCCUCAGAAACAGUAAAUUUGGCUUUUGUAUUUGGAGGGAUGGACACCCAAGGUGUCAUACACAAUGACUGUAUUGUGACUGUUGUGACAUAA